GAGUGGCUGAGGUAGAGCACAACCUUAGUGUCCGCUCCCGCCCACCAGAAUCAGAUCUGCCCCCCACAAACCACCCAUCAGCCAGCAUAGUCACAAGUGUGUUAACCACCAGGACAGCCAGCAGCGUUGGGAGCCUCAGCGUUCCUCAGACAGGAUGGGCCUCCUACUACUGCUCAUCUCCACGCUCCUGUCCAGCUACUUCCAUCCAGGGAGAGGGGUGGACGCACGGCGAUCAUUCGCAUUAAGAGACAUCACCCUGUCCAUCGAGCCCAGUACUGAUGUGACUCGGGACACCAAUGUGACUCUGAGAUGCCGGGCCAAUGUCAGCAGCUCUGGCCAGGAGAUACUGAGUCGUGAGUACACUAUAUACAAGGACAGCAACACAGUCUACACCAAGACCUCCAGCUCCUCGGAGGAUCUCCUGUACCCUCUGCCCGAGGUCAGAGUCUCCAACACUGGCAAAUAUAAGUGCAAGAUCAACAUUGACGGGACAAACAAGACCAGCAGAGCCAAGAAACUCACAGUAACAGGCCUGUCAAAACCAGUUCUCCACCUUAACAAGGGUGUGGUCAGUGAAGGGGAGGAGAUAACAGCUAAGUGUACGGUGCCCGGCGAGACGGGCUCCAUUUUCUUCUACUUCUACGAGGACUCCAAAGAGAUCCUGGAGAAGCAGGUCAUCUCCAACCAGGCAGAGGCCAAGCUUCGCUUCAGCAGCGUUGGCAUCCACAAAAUCCACUGUGCCUAUACUGUCCUCGUAACGCCAGACUCCUUUAAGUCCGAGGAAAGCAACACUGUUACUGUUUCAGUCAAAGAGCUUCCCAUCACAGCAGUUUUGGAGAUUUUCCCUAAGUCUAAGAUCUAUGAAGGAGACCAACUUCACAUCUUGUGCACCGUCAGAAACAUUCUGAACAGUUUUGAAAGUGUCCACCUCUACCUGAGCCAGGGGAACCAGCUUCUCAGCAGCGGAGACAACAAAGUCAACCACAGCAUGAUUGCACUGGCAAAGGACCCUGGGGCGUUUGAGUGCAGAUUUGAGAUGGGAGAUGUAGUGAAAAUCAACUCAGAGAUGGUUUCAGUGACUGAGCUGUUUUCAGUGCCCACUCUCACCACGUCUCCUGCUGAAGUCUUUCAAAAUGAACGAAUGACGCUAACCUGCAAAAGUGAGAUCUCUGCCGCUGAAAGACUUCGCAGGGAAGAGUUGACUUACACUCUUGAUCCCCCCGAUAGCCCGCUGCACCGCAGGGACAGCAUUGGAGUAUUUUCUGGCAAUGCCCUCCAGUAUGAUUUCAACUAUACCUGCGUAGCUCAAGCCAAGGGCAUCGUGAAACACAGUGAAACCCUGACUGUACGUCCGAAAGUUGCUGUCUCCACUCCAAAGAUCUCUGUGGUUGGCAGAGCAAUCAUAGGACAGCCCUUCAAGAUCCUCUGUCAGUCGGAUUUCGGCAGCCUGCCGAUAAACUACACCCUGUGGAAGGACUACGACCAAGUGAGCACAAUCACUGUCAAGCAGCUCGUUCAACAAGCUCUAUUCACAGCCACCGUCACCAAGCCUGAUGAAAUAAGCAAGUACAUGUGUGAGGCACAGAAUCGUCCCAAGGCAGCCCCACUCAGUAAAAGACUCAAUGCUACUGUUAUAGUGCCUCUGACACUCCCGACUCUGACCGUCAUCCCCCAUCUACCAGAGAUCUCCGAGGGAGAUGACCUCUACCUAAUCUGUGGUGUUAAAGGCACUCCGCCGGUCACCUUUAAGUGGUACCGUGCUGGCACUGACCAGCCGCUGUACACCAACACCUCCGAGAGGAGCAGCAUGGACUACCAGGUCCCGGGGUUGUCCAAAGAGCACAGCGGCACGUACUACUGCGAGGCUCACAACCGUGCCAACAAUGUCGUCCGCAGUGACCGGGUCACCAUAGAGGUGCGCCUGGCAUUGUGGAAGAAAGCGAUGAUCGGGGGGUUCUGUCUGCUGACGCUGUCUGUGUUGGUGGUGGUGUGUGUACUGUGCUUCAGAUCCAAGAGAGGUAAAAGAGAAGCAGCGGCUGAGUUGUCAGUAAAGCCUUCGAGCCCUAAAUCAGAUGACACUUUAACAGUGAAUCUAACCCACGACACAGAGGUUUAUAACGCAGCCACAGUGAGGGUGGACAGAGCUGACGUCAGUGUGUGGAGCGAGCGACCCCCUGAAGCAGCCAACGACGAGGAGAGCAGCGUGGUGUCCAACGAGCCUGAUGUGGAGUACACUGAGGUGGUGCAUCCCCGGCCAGUAGAUCCUGCCAGAGUCCCACUGAGAAAAGGCACAGACACAGUGUACAGCGAGCUGCAGAACUCUCCACACGGUGCUGCUGACCUUCAUGACUAUGGUUCAGUAGAGUACGCUGAGCUCAACAGUGAACAACCUGAGAUCAAUCACCACCGUCCAGAGGUCAACAACCACCAGGACCUGCCGGUGCCAGUGGAUUAGUGGAUUAUCACCUUCUUUUCUUAACACACCCGCUCUGUUCUCACUCCCAUCUCUUAUCCACCCCUUUUUUUUCAUCUCUGCCAAGUACAUCCUCCAAUCUGUGACUGCUAAAUUAGCUGUAAAUAUUGUUUAAUAUCAAUAAAGGCAUAAUGUCACGUACUGUAUCCUUAC